UUUUAAUUUGGACUGAGCGUCGCAAACUUAAAAAUCUCCUCAGGUUCUAAGUUUUUUUUACAGAUCCUAUUCACUCUUUUAGUUUAUCCUGACUUUCGACGUUCUUUCCAAUCUUUCCUUUUCAUUACCACGACAACAACAACUUCACAACAAUCCUCCAAUUUGCGACAACACCUGAGAACUCCUUGCAGAAGCAGAGCCAAUAGUUCGACCAAUACAUUCCAAUUCAGUACUCUUCGCUUUCCGAUCAACCCAGUUCUGGUCUUGUCUCUGUCAACAUGGCAGGAAUCAGCUCCCCUCAACCCGAUCUAAAUCGGAAUCGGCUUCCAACUCUAUUCGAGGUACUCAGCAGAAGGACUUUACCCCCAGUGGAUCUAUUCUCCUUCUAUAUUUAUAUGAGAGAUCAGCAGCGCUCUGUUGAUUACCUUGAUUUUUGGCUUGAUGUUGCUCAACAUAUGUCGUUAUGCCGACACUAUGUUCGCGAACUGCGACGAUCUGUAAUGAUUGGUACACCUAAAGGCGACGAUGCUCAAUCCAAACGAUCUUCUGCUGUUCUAGAAAAUCUUGGUGAUAUGUCAAAUCCCGCCGGACCAUCCAUGUUCACUACAGAAAAGGAGAAAAACCAAGAUGCUCAGAUGUCCGCCUUCCUCAGAGAACAAUCUGAUACUGGAGAGGUCGUUGCCCCACAAGGACACUCUCCUUCCCAUAGUGUGGGAUCCAAUGUUUCCGGUCACAACCUGGGAAAUAUGUCUAGCGAAAGGCCUAGACCAAGUUUCAUGAGCAGCCCUAUGGAUUUGACGUCAGAUUCAAAUUCUCCUGCACACACUGUCGCGAGAGCCGACAUCCGAGCUUCUGCUGAGAAGAUUCUCUAUACUUUCCUCCUUCCAGGUGCCGAACGUGAGAUUAUUCUUCCACACGCCAUCACCCAAGAUAUUACCAUUUCUAUUGAAGAAAGAGGACGCGACGAUCCGGAAGUGUUUGAUGCAGCCAAGGACUAUGUUUUCCAAGCAAUGGAAAGGGAUGCUUUCCCAGGCUUCUUGAGAAUGAAGGCUUUAGGCAACUUAGUCCCUCCUUCGAUGAUGUUGAGAUUGAUUGUUGGCCUACUUUCAAUGUUUGCCGCAUUCUGGGUCGGAUUCAUUCUAAUCUUCCUCAACUAUCCCCACCAUACUCGUGUUUGGCUCCUUCUUCCCUUCACCAUUGGUGUCUAUGCACUCUGCUCUCACCAAUAUGCCCUCGAUCCCAUUCUUGCCCUGGCCGGGUACAGUGAAUACACAUUCAUGUCUUUCUCCAAAAUUCGAGAACCAUUUGUUCGAAGGCUUCUCCACAAACGUGCACUCAUGGUCCUAAUGGUCACAGCUAUCACCGAUGCAGCACUAGUCCUAAUAUUUGCGUUGGUACCUGGAAAGAGAUUGUAAUAUGAGGAUCGAUGGAUGAAGGCUAAUGCAGAAGUAUAACAACUGCAUGAAACAUAAACAAAGCACGCUCGGAACUGGGAUGGAAAGAAAGGGAGUUUUGGGAGUUCUGUUUAUAGAGCGAGGUGUUCUGGGGACGAAUCUUCUCUUUCAUAUUAUGUGAUUUGGGAUUUUGUACACAGGGCUGGCAGAC